AUGGCCGAGAACGAGGCAAAAGCGCGCAAGAAGUUGGAGGAGGCUGAGAAGAAAGCGAAAGGAGGUGGUGGAUUCUUUGGUGGAUUAUUUGGCAGUGGCAAGGCCGAUGAAGCUGCUGAUCUUUUUGUGCAAGCGGAGGAGGACUGGUCGUCGAGUUCAGAAAGUGUGCUUGUGUGCGAGGAAAGCGGUUGCAGGAUGAGCUUCAGCAGUAUUGCCUCAUUCGAGGAUCACUACCAGCACUCGCAUCGCAAUCAGUGUGCUGUAUGCGGACUGCAAUUCCCCAACGUGUACUGCCUGGAACUGCAUUCGGACGAGACGCAUUGCUCAAUUUUCAAAACAAAACGAGAACGUGAUGCAUCGGCUGCUCUCUUCCACUGCUACGAGCCCACAUGCUCAAAAUCGUAUGCCAGCUCGGAUGCGCGAAAUUCGCAUUCCGAAAUGGAACAUGGAAUCCGACUUUCGACUCUCUGUUUCAACGGAAGAAGAAAGUUGCCGACACGACGAAAAGCGCCCUCGCUGGACGCAGACCUCAGCAAUUUGAGCAUUUCCUCGUCCAGGGCUGCUCCCAAGCUGCUCGCUCGGGUACCCCGAGCACCGGCGGGCAAUUUGUUCAAAAUAUCGAAACUGUGGAAAGAAGCUGGAGAUGCAUUUGUGCGAUCAGCGGAAAUCCAUGUUGCGGCUGCUGAUCGGAAGCAUGAUGCUGCUUCAAAUUACGCCGAAGCAGCCAAUUGCUAUCGUAAAGUUAAUCCUCAGGAAGCGGCUGAUUUUUACAAAGGCGAAGAAAGUCGAAGUUCAGCUACGAAAUGUUUGAUCAAAGUCGGCCAGUAUGCCGCACAGCUGGAGGAUUACAAGAGGGCAAUCAAGAUUUUUGAAGAAGUAGCGAUAUGGGAAUCCGAUCAUCCGACACUGAAAUAUGCUGCAAAAAAUCACUUUUUCCAGUCACUUCUUUGCUACCUUUGUUUAGAUUGGUUGGAUGCACAGCACGUGCUGAAAAGGUAUGAAGAAAUUUCUCCAUCGUUUGCUGAUUCGCGAGAAUCAAAGUUCACGGAAACCGUGAAAACCUUCGACAAAAUUUCACGUUUGGACCAAUGGCAUACAGCACUUCUGGUAAAGAUUAAACGGUCCUGUGGUGAGGAGGAUGACGAUGAUCUGAAAUGA